GAAAACCGUAGCAAUGAGUCACGACGCAAGUGAACGAGGAACGUUUGGGAGGAAGUGACGACGGUGGCGCUUAAAGUUUAAAUUUGCUUCAGUUAUCGGCGCGGGACGUAAGUGUUAAUCUGCAGGGAUGACCGAAAACACAUUCCCUGUGUACAAGGUGGAUGUCAUCGUGCAGUUCUACCGAACUGAAGUUUUGACUGGACAAGAAGCCAAACAUUUUACAAAAAAUGACAUUACUCCCAACCCCAAGUCGGAAUCUAUUCAGAGACUCUACAUGAGAAUAUUACAGCUGCUUUUCUGCUUUAAGCCCGAGUGCCAUUACACGGUGCCGUUGUCUGAGAAUAUUCAAUACCCAAUGCUUUAUGAGUGGGUUUCACCGAUCAUGAGUGUUUACAUGCGCAUGUGUCAGUUCUUACCACUCUGUCACGUGUAUGACUUCUCACUGAAUGACUUGCUUAACCCCAAGGCAAAGAGAACAAUCACCACACUGAGUGCAAUCCAGAAUUUCCUUCACUUCAGAAAGCAGAGGCUGGAAUUAACCGCUGCCCACCAGCAGAGUUUUAGGUCAGAUAUGGACAGACUCCAAGCAUACACAAGAGAAAUUAAGGACGCUGAAAAAAAGAUUGAGAAGCUCAGCAUCAUACCACCAGAACAGCAAGCGGAAGCUAAAGAGCUGGCGUCUGCUCUGGCAGAGUUGACAACAAACACACAACAUGAGUAUCAGGAUGUGAGUGCAAUGAAUGAAAAAGUUGCACAGUGCAAGACAGAAAUUGCAGAAAUAUCACAGAAACUGAGUCAGCGGAGAGUGGAAGUGGCCACACUGAAAGAUGAGAUAGUCAAGCUCAAGUCUCAGAUCGUGGAGUCGCCCGAAGAGCUCAGAAAUGAGAUGGAACGGAUGAAAGAGAAUGUGAAAAACAUCAAGAUGUCCAAAGAUCUGGCCGAUGAGAGGCUGGUGGAGCUUCAGAUGCUGGUGCAGUGUGCAGGUCAGGUGGAGGCAGAGAUUCAGGUUUUACUCAAACAGCUGCAGGACCUGCAGAACAGCAUGUGUCAAACCAAUCAGCAGAAGGAGAAGGUUCAGGAUUUAGCAGCUAUGAAUGAAGCACUGCAGAAAGAGCUCAGGAGUUUGAGCACUGAGGAAGGCCAGCUGAAGAGAGCUCUUGCCAUGAAAUUUGACAAAGAGUCAAAGCAUCAAAUUCGUCGACAGAAGAAGAAAGAAGUGAAAGAUCAGCAAGUCAAAAACAUAUAUGGGCAAUAUGAUAAAAUCCAUGAGAAACGGGAGGAAGUUGUAAAAAUAAUUGAAGAAACCAACCGUGAAACCAAACAUUUCAAGGAAAAGAUGCAAAAGCUGAGAGAGAAGUGUAACCAGCAGAGCCAGAAAGCCCAGGAGAUCUAUGAGCGUCUCCUUAAUACUUUGGAGCAGUAUAACAAGCGGAUUGAAAGCAUUGUGCUGGAGACCAAUGCUGACAUCUCAAAAAUGAAAUUGCAUUACUAGAAUGCAUUCUUUUUCUUACCGUUCCAUUUCAAGGUUUUUGUGUCAGUUUGUCUUAAGUUUCCUACUUUUGUAAAUGCCAUUUAUUUGUGUUACCCCACUAAUAAAUAUGGAAAGUUA